AUGCGGUACUGCCCUACUAAGCCGGGAAACGACGUUAACACUGGCGAGAUCACGGUCAACUACGUCACGUCUGGCUGCAAAGAGGGUGUCUGCGAUUACAAGCGCAAGGCUGCCCGCGAUGAGGUCGCUUCCAGCGUUACAGCCGACGAGACUACUGACGAAGAUGUUCCCGUCGACCAAACUAUCGAUACCGACCUUCCUGCCGACCAGACUAUCGACGCCGACGAUCCCAUCGAUACAUUUCUUCCUCCCGGAACAUCCGAGAACGUACAUACCCUUAAGGCCCCUUGGGGUAUCAAUUGCAAAGGUAGCAGUCUAUGUCGUAUCUGCAAGGGGAGCCUCAGGCAGAUUCAGGAGACAUUAGCACUGAUGGGUAAGUACAUGCAACACACGCUCAGCUCCCUCCCUAUCAAGUAUGCUUUUACUGAGAGCACUAUUCGCAGACGACGACUGGGAAUACAAGAACAACGAGGGGAUUGUGUGCGCGCAUUGUACAAAGACCAGUUAUGCGGCCAAUUGCAUCAUCGCCCACAAUUUACACAGACCAAUUGCCAUCAGGGAUGUCAAAAUGUUGGUCCAGCGACUCAAAGAUUUUGGAUGUGGACGUAA